AUGCCUUGUGAUGCCUCAUCUGAAGCCCUCGCCGAAUACCAGGCCAUCUUAGAAGAAAUCCAAUGCAUCAUGCAGCAGAACAGGUCUAGCAGUGUCAUCAUUGGUGGUGACUUGAAUGUGGAUCUCCAUAACAAGGAACGGAAAAAAAGAGCAUUCAACAUUCUUGACUCUUUCAUGGCCGAGAACGACUUGGUGUGCCUAUCAAGGACACUUGGGGACAGCGAGGCCUACACUUAUCAAAGUGAUGAUGGCACCAAACGGUCCAACAUUGACACUUUUUUAACCCACAGCAAGUCUGCUGGUGACUUCUCCAACCUCCUGAUCUACAAUGAUGAACCCCUCAACCUGUCUGACCAUUCUCCUAUCAAGGUAACCUGGUCACCUGCAUCAUCUAGUGUAUCCGAAGCAAGGACUCACCACACAGUUCCCAGCAACCCUCUCCGCCGUCCAAAAGUCAAGUGGAAGGAGUUGUCAAAACAGAUGAUCAAGGAGCUGUAUACAGAACCUCUUGAUGUAGCUUCGGAGGACAUUCUUGUUUCCCUUGCGGACGUUAUGCCUGAUGAGAAUCUCCUUGACUUUGUUACUGCCAGACUGCAGUCAGCCCUUGUUCAGACCUCUAUGAAUCUUCCUCACACAAAAGGGAAUGGUAGAGGUAAAGGGAAGACUGAGUGGAGUCCCGAAGUGGAGGAGUGUUAUCAAAGGCACAUCAACAUGUGGAAAGACUGGAAAAGAUCUGGAGAGGACAAGAACAGUCCAGUUGGUGUGUUAUCUGCCGAUUUGAAAAAAGCCUUUCGUGCUAAGCUUAGGCAGGCAAGAGCUGCCUGCAGGAAUGGUCUUCUGUCAAGAAUUGAGGAAGCCGACGAACACAACGACAAGCUGUUCUAUACACUAGUGAAAGAACAAGGCCCUGGCUCUGAUGUGCACCAACUCAACCUUGGAGGUCUCACCUACUCUGGGCCCGAUAUCAUCCAGGGAUGGACUCGGCAUUUCCAGGACCUUGCUACCCCAACUGUCUCCAGUCCUACACAGGUUCUGAAUCCAACACAUCCUGAGAAUAUAGACUCCCUUGUUAUACACCAUCCACAAGGGCUUGACCAUCUCUUCACUUCGAAGGAGCUGUCCCAGGCCAUCUCUUCCUUGAGGCCUGGCAAAGCUAGUGGUCCGGACAACAUCUCUCCUGAGCACCUAAUGUACACUGGUUGCACCACUAGGAUCCUUAUCCUCAUCAUGAUGAACUGGAUGAUACAUCUGAAGCACAUUCCUCUCAGUCUUAAAGAUGGCCUUGUCAUCCCUCUCUUCAAAGGUGGGAACAAGAAUCCAACAGACCCAGGAAACUAUAGGGGCAUCACUCUGACUCCAGUCUUAGGGAAGUUGUUGGAGUUGUUGGUAAAGCCCAAACUUUCCCAACACUUGCAAGAACACCAAAUUCCAGACCCGUUGCAAUUUGGCUUCCAACGAGAGAGGUCCUGUACUCUUACAGGUAAAGCACUCGACCUUGUCAUCGAAGUGUACAAGUCCCUCAACCAACCUUUGUACAUAGCUAUGUUGGAUGCCCAGAAAGCAUUCGACACGGUCUGGCAAGAUGGUCUCCUUUCGAAGAUAGCAGUGACUCGUCCACCUACAGUGCUGCUUGAUACAAUUUCUGAAUUUUACAACAGCUGUUCAAGCAAGGUUUUCUGGAAACAUGAAGUUGGUCCCUCCUUUCCUGUCCUCCAAGGAGUAAGGCAGGGGGGAGUGCUUUCCCCCAUGCUGUACACUCUCUACAUCAACGACCUCAUCAAGCGUCUGAGGGAGUAUCAUCUUGGCUGCUCAGUCGGCAACCUAUAUGUUGGGGUCAUAGCCUUCGCGGAUGACAUUGCACUUCUUAGCAAUGAGCCCAUGGAACUGCAGCAGAUGUUGAAUGUCACUUUCCAUUACACUAACGAGUGGAAGUACAAGAUCAACCCCUCCAAGAGUGCAAUCAUCGUGCUCAAUCAAGACCUUCUGAACAGUGACAACUCUUGGCAGAUCAAUGGUGAACCGAUUGCACAGGUCUCCUCACACAAGCACCUUGGCAUCGUCAGGACUGACAAUCUUCAGUAUGACUACGCUGCUGAUGCUAUCACAAAGGGAUACAGAUCAUUUUAUGCCCUUGUGGGAACCUCACCACUGGGAGCAAGGGUAGUUCCCCAUGUUGCUGCAAAACUAUGGAAAACUUUUUGUGUUCCCAGGAUGAUCUUCGGCUGCUCCAGCAUUCCCUUCUCAAGGGCAAUGUUGAAUCGCCUAGAUAAGGCACAGAUUCACCUAUUUAAGCGGAUUCUGGGUCUACCAACAACAUCAGCCGACGAAGCAGUAUAUCUUCUCACUGACGUAAUCCAAAUUAGCCUGUUGGUCACCAAGGAAAAGCUCCUACUUCUGGGACAGAUCUUGUGCACCGACAUGGACAGGAUAGAACGAAGGAUGCUUCUUCAUGGUAUCUGUGCCAACACCAAAUCCAUACAAGAAUGGCGUAAUGCACUUCAACAACUUAGCCUUCCCCCACUUGAUGAACUUGUAAGGAAUCCCCCUAACUACCAUCUGUGGAAGCGAAUGGUUCAGUCGGCAGUGAUUCAGGUGUCUGAGGCCAGGCAGCACAACGCCCUCACCAAGAAGACAUCCUUGUCCUUAUGGACUAGAACACCUAAACCAAAGGCGAAGGAUCUGUACCCUGGGCACAUUUCCAAUCCAAGUCUGCGGUCAGCCAUCACCAUCCGUGCCCAGAUCUCCUGUCAAGUCUAUCUGACCCAAGUCCGGCUCGCCAAGAUUGGCAAAGCACCUGAUGAUUGCUGUCGUCUGUGCAUGUCAGCCUGCGAGGAUGUGGAACAUCUGGUUGCUACCUGUCCAGCCCUAGCACCUGUCCGACAGGACCUUAUCCAGCGGGUUAAAGCUAAUCCCAACACCAAGCAGUUCGGACCAUGCUUUGAAUCCACCCCUGCUCUUUUUAAAAGCAAAAAUCAAGGGGAAAAUGGUACAGAUACAGGAGUUAAUGCAGAUUCAUUUUAA